AUGCCAAGAAAUCAAAUAUUGAGAGAGAAUCAUGAGUCCGCUACACCCCCAACACCAUCCGCAUUUCCGAACCCUAAAAGUAAAUUGAUAGUAGCAGCAGCAAGCCCUAGCAACCGGAGACAAAAAUCUUCUAAAGAAAAUGCGGCGCCGACAUCAGAUCCGAACUCGACUGCGUCACCUGCCACUGCCAAGAUGAAGAGCCCGCUUCCUCCGCGGCCCACGCUCAAGCGGAAGCUCAGUGCGGAUGCCGCAGUGGGAUUGGAGAAUAGUGAUGGACCUACGAAUCCUGCCGAUUCUGGUGUUAAGGUAAUAGUGCGCAUCAGACCGCCAAACAAGGUUGACGAAGAUGGAGAGUCAGUAGUUCUGAAAUUAUCAAAUGAUUCUUUGUCAAUAGCAGGGCAAACCUUUACAUUUGACUCAGUUGCAAAUAUUGAGUCUACACAGAUUGAUAUAUUCCAGCUCAUAGGGGCACCCCUCGUUGAAAAUUGUCUAGCUGGAUUUAACAGUUCAGUGUUUGCCUAUGGCCAGACGGGAAGUGGAAAAACCUAUACUAUCUGGGGUGCAUCCAAUGCCUCGUUGGAAGAAAAUGAUCAACAAGGCUUAACACCUCGAGUUUGCCAGCGAUUAUUUGAGCGCAUUAAUGAGGAACAAGUGAAGCGUGCUGAUGAACAGCUUGUAUAUAUGUGUCGAUGCUCUUUCCUUGAGAUUUACAAUGAGCAAAUUACUGAUUUGUUGGAUCCAAAUCAAAAAAAUCUCCAGAUAAGAGAAGACGUCAAAAGUGGGGUUUAUGUCGAAAAUUUGACAGAGGAGUGUGUAUCCUCAAUGGAGGAUGUGUCACAACUUCUAAUAAAGGGAUUGUCCAACCGGAGAACUGGCUCAACAAGCGUAAAUGCUGAAAGUUCUCGUUCCCACAGCGUCUUCACUUGUGUUAUUGAAUCGCGAAGCAAGAGAAUGGCUGAUGGUGGGGUUAGCUGCUUGAAGAUGAGUAGAAUAAAUUUUGUUGAUCUGGCUGGAUCUGAAAGACAAAAGCAGACUGGUGCAGCUGGAGACCGUUUGAAGGAAGCUGGGAAUAUUAACCGUUCGCUUUCACAACUAGGAAGGGAAAAUGCGAUUCUGUCUCCAUGUUCUCGUCCUCCUCCGACUCCGACUCCGACUCCGCCGCCGCCGCCGCCUCCGACUCCUCCGCCGCCGUUCUAUUAUAGAUUAAGUGCUAUACCUGAUGAACUUUUGGACCACAUUUUAUCAUAUGUAGAUACAAAGUUCGUCAUGGCUACUUGUGUUAAUUCCCGGAGAUUGCUAAAUGUUUUUCGUUCAAUGCCUAACAUCAUACUAGAUGAUUCCUUAUUUAGGACAAAUAGCUUCAAGGAUUGUGAGUUAGAUUUUACCAUGUUUGGCCUUAGGCAAAUAAUGCUCCGAAGUAAAAUUCAUCGAUUUCAACUCAAAUGCAAUUUUGACUUUAGUAAUAGUGGAGUCCAAACAAUGGUACGCGCUGUAUUAUGGAGAAAUGCAAAAGAAAUUGAUAUUUGCACGGGAACCCUUGCAAUUUGGGGAAAACUACCUACUGAAGUUUUCACAUCUCAAUCACUGGUAGUUUUGAAACUAAGAGGGACAUCUAUUGAGUUCGACAUCCCGGAUUCCGUCUCUUUACCCAAUUUAAAGGUGAUGCACUUACAGGAUUUCCAUCUAAACAAUAGUGAUAAAGUGACAAGAUUUUUUCAUGGUUGUAAAGUACUCGAGGAAUUGUGGCUGUUGAAUUUAUUUGGGAGCACUGAUGUUCUUCAUCUUUCCAUGCCUUCGCUGAGAAUCUUUUCUUUCAAUUCUCUUAUCGGUGACAUUUCGGGUUUAGAACUUUUCAUCAAUACACCGAAUAUGGAGUUUUUUCAUUACCAAGGUAGUUCUCGUAAAUUCCUCUUGGUGAAUAAAAUAGCAUCCCUUGCUAGAGCGGAAUUUACUUUUGAUUAUGUGCAAGAUUCAGAGAAUGCAUCCAAGUUUAUCAACAACUUGCAAGGAGUAACGUCCAUUUAUUUGUCUGAAUAUGCUAUGGAGGCUGCAUAUCUCACUUAUACAUCAGUAUCUGUUUUUACAAAUUUGACUGUCUUGGAGCUUGAAGUUCCUGACUUUCGGAUACUUCCAGAAGUACUUGCACGUGCACCACACCUUCAAGAGCUCGUUGUUCAUUCGUAUACGCUCCACCAAUAUUAUUCCCUUGAUCCAGAAGAAGUUGAAGGCUCAUAUCCUCUGCCAGAAAUUGUGCCUGUGUGUUUGGAUCAACAUCUUAGGAAUAUUGAGUUUAAAAUGUUCGUGAAUGGUGUAUGGGAUGUUCUGCUCUUGAAGUACCUUUUACAGAAUGGAAGAGUUUUGCAAAUGCUGAAAGUUUCUGUAUUACCUGGGAAAUGGAAUGCAAAAAUGGAAGCAACCUCCAUAGAAAUUAAAAAUUUUCCAUGCUGCUUGGAGAUGUGCCGAGUUGAUUUCAAACCUUGUAAGAAAGAGUAG